AUGCUCUACGAGUAUCAGAAGGAACACCGAUCUUUCAAUUUUCAUGGAAACCGAGAUCGUGGUAAGUACCACAAGAAUGAAGGAAGACCUCGAGAGAACAGACAACAAUAUGGAGAUCCAAUGCAAUUGGAUGCAACAUUCAAGAACAAACUACCUAAGGAAGAUGUAGAACGAAGAUGCAAGGACAAACUCUGCUUCGAAUGCGGCAAACCAGGACAUCGAGCCAGAGACUGUCGAAGCAAGAAAUCAUCAGGAAGAGAUUACCACAAGAAGUUCGGCAAGGGCCAAAUUAAUGCAACCUUUACACCUCAGCUAUGUGCAAUAGAUUCUAUUGGAUCUGAGGAAGUCCGUUGUAUAGGCCACGAAGAGUUCAAAAAACUACUGGAUGAACUACCCAGAAACGAAGAAGGCUUGAACGCGAUAGAUUUCUGGGAACAAGGGUAUUUGCGAACCCCCUCCCCAUCGUUAAUUGAGGAAAAGCCGGAGGAAGGAUUAACGGCCGAGCACGCUGCCAUCAGUUGGACGGCCUGCUACGAUGAAUCCUGCAAAAUUCACCUAUCAGAUAAGGAAGCCACAGGAUGGUUCCCCCAAAGGAAAGCAGGAAGACCCUGCAAGAAGGGAAGGUCAGAAGAAAUAUCGUCACAUGGUCCCGGAUUGGAUGGAAAGAUUUCGCAGGAGACUCGCCCUUUGCGGAUGAGUAUAACCCAGCACAAGGAGGUUAUCCAGUUCGAUGUUGUUCCACUAGGGAAUCAACAGAUCAUUCUGGGAAUGCCAUGGUUGAAAACACGCAACCCCCAGAUUUAUUGGUCUUUGGAAACUAUAUCAUUUCCAAAGAAAAGCGAUCAACGAGAUGCGCUAGAGCCUGCGAGGCUGAACACACGCGGUGGAGAACUGAAGGCGAACAGCACCACUGACGUAGGACGCCCAGUCCAGGGUCCUCCAUUAACGGCGAAGGAAGUUGAACCUCCCGUACGAAUGAAGAAUGAGCAGAAGAAGUUGCUUGAAACCACCCCUGUAAGGAAACAGGACGAAACGCCAAUACCGGUACAGUACCAGAAGUACAAGAAACUAUUCGAAGAAAGAAAAGGCCAUGAAGCUUUACCAGAACACAAGCCAUGGGAUCACGAGAUAGUAUUGGAGGAAGGCAAGAUGCCUCCUUUCGGAUCAAUCUAUCCAAUGUCAGUCUUUGACCUAGGGACGCUUAGGUAUUACAUUGGCGACGCACUAGAAAAGGGAUGGAUCAGAGAAUCCACCUCACAGGCAGCUAGCCCUGUGUUAUUUGUACCAAAGAAGGAUGGUACUAGGAGACUUUGCGUAGAUUACCGCAAGCUCAAUGGUAUAACGAUCAAAGAUCGUUACCCACUUCCAUUAGCUACGGAACUAAGGGAUCGAUUGGGAAAAGCCAAGAUUUUCUCCAAGUUUGAUCUACGAAACGGAUUCCACCCAAGCAGAAUAAAGGAAGGUGAGGAAUGGAAAACCGUAUUCAGGACUCGAUACGGAUUAUACGAGUAUCAGGUUAUGCCAUUCGGAUUGACAAACGCACCAGCAACAUGUAUGCGCUUAGUCAACAAUGUAUUAAGGAAGUACCUAGAUAUAUGCUGUAUAUGCUAUCUAGAUGAUAUUUUGGUAUUCCCGGAAACAGAAGAACAACAAAUUAAAGAAGUUCAUAAGGUUCUGCAGCAUCUGGAGGAGGCAGAUCUCCAAUGUAAACCCAGCAAGUGCGGGUUCCAUGUCACGGAAACAGAGUUUUUAGGCUACACCAUAUUCUCCGGAGGUCUCAAGAUGAGUCCUAACAAGGUAAAAGCGGUUAUGGAAUGGGAACCCCAAACCAGCGUGAAGGAAGUACAGUCCUUCCUGGGAUUCGCCAAUUUUUAUCGACGAUUCAUCAAGAACUACUCAAAGAUAGCCGCUCCAAUGACGGAGAUCACCAAGAAAAGUCAAGGGGAAUUCCGAUGGGCAGAAACAGCGCAAGAAGCAUUCGAACGCCUCAAGGAAGCAUUCGCAGGAGAACCAGUUCUCAGAGAAUUUGACCCGUAA